CGCUUAAGUACAGAGAGAGAGAGAGUCGAUCUAAAAACAAAAGUGAGCCACACCAUUGUUUGUGACUCGAGAGUUCCUAGUACCGUUUAUUGGUUGUCAGGAGAUGAUACCCAAUAUAACUUUUAGACGUGAUGCAUCAAAGCCCAAGCUCGUGUAAAGUAGCCAUGACGCACUUAGAGUGUGUCGCUAGCAUUGAACACUUGUGAGAAAAUAUAGUGACGUCUUAGGGCCAAAACCAGCUGGCCUUUUCCCAACAGCUUGAUUCUAAAAUCGACUUUAAAGAAGAGGUCACAUUUCAACUAAUGUGGGUCACUUUGUCCUGUCAUCUCGGAAAACUGAAGACUGAAUCCCGAUUCUGUUUGAGUCGAUCCUUUUCAAAGAGGCAAUGAGGUUCUUCACGUUGCUUCUUGCGUGUGGCCUUCUUUUUGGCCUUGGCCAAGCAUUGAGUGUGCCAAAAGAUGCCGCCGGUCAGUCCAAGCAAAACAUCGAUUGUUCCACUCCAAUGGAGUGUGAAGCGUUGGCCGCCGAUUGGCUCAACAAUGUUUAUGAAGUGGAGAUGAGAGCAAAGUUUGAGACCUACACACAAAAGGAUUGGGAGUACAACACCAACAUCAAUGAUGACACUUCGCAAGGAUCGCUGGAUGCGAGUGAGGAAGUGUCCAAAUACGAGAAGGAGUCUUGGAACCAAUAUGUAACCCAAUUCAACACUUCGACCUUCAGUGAUCCUGUAUUGAAGCGUCGCCUGGACAUGAUGGCCGUCUUGGGAACCCCUGCUUUACCCGAGGAUCGACUGCAGAUGUUCAACAAGAUCGUUUCUGACAUGCAAGGUGCCUAUGGGUCUGGCAAGAUUUGCCCCUAUGGAAAUCAGAGUUGCGAUUUGGCCACUGAAGGUCUGACUUUGGAACCUUCCUUGGAAGCUAUCCUGACCGACGUCGAGAACCAUUCGUGGGACGAGUUGGUGUAUGUGUGGAAGAGCUGGAGGGAUGUAUCGGGCAAAAAGUACAGGGAUCAAUACAAAGAGUACAUUGGCUUGAACAACGAGGCAGCUGAAGCCAACGAUCUGCCAGAUGCGAGUGUUCUUUGGCUUCAGGCCUACACGAAUGAUCUGGGGCCUGAUGCGGAUUUCAAGGCCGACAUCGAAGCCAUUUGGCAGCAAAUGAAGCCUCUUUAUGAGAAAGUUCACGCCUACAUCCGAUACAAAUACAUGGAAUUUUGGGGCAAUGAUUACAACAUGGCUGCGGAUGAGCCCAUUCCCGCUCACAUAUCUGGGAACAUGUGGACCCAACACUGGCAAAACACCUACAAAGUAGCCGCUCCUUUUCCGGAUGUUCCCAAUCCUUUGGACGAAGUGGAUCAAGCUCUCCAAGAUCAAAAUUACUCCGUGAGAGAUAUCUUCGAGUUGUCCAACUCGUUCUACAUCAGUUUGGGCCUGGAGGAUAUGACCAUGUGCUUUGACACUCCGUGUGUAACGGAGAACACGGCCGAGAAUGCCGAAUGUGUGGCGAACAAUCCCAUGAUUGAGAAACCAGAUUGGGACGUGGUGUGCCAUGCCUCCGCUUGGGACAUGUAUCAUACGGGAAGAGACGAUUACCGAAUCAAGAUGUGCACAGAGGUCAACUUUGAUGACUUGGUUACGGUUCACCACGAAAUGGGCCACAUUGAGUACUUCAUUCAGUACAAAGACCUUCCGCUCCAAUUUAGAGACGGCGCCAAUCCAGGAUUCCACGAAGCUAUUGGUGACACCAUGGCCCUGUCUGUGCAAACCCCUAUUCAUUUGAAAUCCAUCGGUCUGCUGGACGAGAUUCCCAAUUCCUUUGAGGCUGACAUCAACUACUUGCUCAAAUCCGCUAUGGAACGCCUCAUGUUCCUGCCCUUUGCCUACACAAUUGAUCAAUACCGAUGGGCCCUCUUCGACGGUUCCAUCCAACCCGAGGAAAUGAACUACAAAUGGUGGGAACUUCGAGAGAAGUAUCAGGGUAUCAAUCCUCCUGUGAUGAGAUCCGAAGAGGACUUUGAUGCUGGAGCCAAGUACCAUGUGGCAGCGGAUGUACCAUACACUCGAUAUUUUGUGGCCCACAUCCUGGAAUACUCUUUUUAUAAGGAGAUGUGCUUGCAGUCCGGCAAUUAUGUGGCUGGUGAUCCCACAAAGCCCCUUUUCAAAUGUGACUUCUCUGCUGGAUCCCAGUCCCAAUUAGCUGGUGCUAAAUUGAAAUCCAUGUUACAAGCUGGUAGCUCGCAACCUUGGCCAGCUACUUUGAAGGCCAUGACUGGAUCGGAUAAGCUUGACGCAUCUGCCAUUUUGGAGUACUUCAAACCUUUGAGUGAUUGGUUGGAUGAUGAGAUUACCGACAAGAACAUUCCCGUUGGCUGGAAAUCAACUUUCCAGAGGUUCAUGGCAAAAUAAAACUUAUUGCAUUGUGA